AUGGUGAACUUAAGGUACAUACCCAUAUUUACUAUAUUACAAUUCCUAUUUUUCGUUGGUUGGUUGAAAGUUGGUGAAGAUCUUAUGUUCCCGUUUGGUGCUGACGACGAAGACUUUGAAUUUAACUAUAUCUUAGAACGUAACUUAGAGAUGGCUUUUCUAAUUGUCGACGAGCUUCACAAUCAAGUGCCUCCUAUAUAUGUCGAAUCGCUCGAUGACAAAGUGCAGGUAUUGUAGCG